AUGGAUGGAAGCCGGAUCCAUGUCAAAGACAUGUUGACCGAUGAAGCUCCGACGGUUCCAACGGUUCCAACUCCUGUUCUGGUCCUGGCGGCCUUGGAACUCAUGCUGCUGCUUCUGGCGCUGCGGUUCCCGGGCGCUCUGCCAGAAGUUGGAUUCGUCAUGGUGGCACUCCUGGCGCUUUCCUAUCUGCAGCCAAUCCUAUGGCAGCGCCCACAGCUUGGGGCCUCUCAGAAACUGAAAGCAGAGGGCGACUCUGCUUUUGAGAGCCACCGGCUGGCGCACAGGAAUGUGCAAAGUUUAUUCAUGGAGCUCUUGCUGCUCCUGCUUGUCAACGUCGCGGCGUCCUUGGUCAAGUUUUCGCCUGGGAUGGCAGAAGUCUGCAGCGUGGCCCUGAUUGCGGAUGCCGUCCGUUCCUUGGUGCUGCAGGCCGCUGCACCCCAGGCAACCGAGGAGAAGUUUGAUGUUCCCAGAGAGGAGGUGAUCCCAGUGGACCAUAGCAAGCGUGGGGGUGCCCCCAGGCCAUCCGAAGCUCAAGCUCCCGCCGUGCCGGAGCGACAGCCAAAGAAGCUGAAAAACUUGGACGUCAACUUCUGGGCCGACCUGGAGGAAGAGGACGACUUUCAGCAGAUGCUCGCUGCGAAAGUUCGAGAGGAGGUCUCGGCACCCAGCGCGGACGCGGCCCAAAAGGAUGCAGAUACACAGGAAUCCAAGCCAGAGCCCGUGCCCAAGGAAGAGGAUGGUGCGGGCGCAGGCGGCGAAUCCAGGAAGAAGAAGGGGGCGAAAGCGGCGCGUGCCAAGCGUGGCAAGGAAGGAAAGCCGCAGACGGACGACUCCGGAAAUCAGUGGGCAGCUCGAAUACGCCAGUGCGGCAAGGCGAAGGACUUGGACGGGGCUUUGGCGGCCGUGCAGGAGGCUUCCGCAGCUGGACUUUCCGGCCGUCAGCACCAAGAAGUUCAGAACGCGCUGCUACACACCAUGAUUCAGUGUGGAGAAGCCGCCGGGGAGACGGCCAUGGAUCUCUUCAACCAGCUGAAGGCUGAUAAGAAAGCAGAUGUGGUGACGUUCAACAUCAUGCUUCGUUCUUUGCUUUCUGCUGGAAAGCGUGAAGAGGCACAGUCUCUUCUGAAGGAAAUGAACGAGCAUGGAUUGGCUGCCAACAAGGUCACUAUCGCUGAGCUGCUCAGCGACAGAGUCCGAGCCGACGAUGCCGAGGGAAUAUGGCGCAUAGUUGACUGGAUGAAGAACACCGAUUUUGGCAUUACGAAUGCCUCAUGCUCCAUCCUUCUCAAGAGGAUCAGCAACGAGACUGCUGCUGAGGAGGUCGACCGGUCUUUUGACCUGAUCGAUCAGUUGUCAGAGCCUGUGGAUGAGGCACUCUGCUCGCAGGCAAUCGAGGCUGCGAUCAGGACCAGUCGGCCGGCCUUGGCAAACAAGUUCAUGGAGAUGUUGGGCACGCUCCGCAACAAGAAGAAUGGAAACACCAGCGCGGCCACGUUUGGGUCCAUGAUCAAGCUCCAUGGGCAGAAUCGGGACCUUCAGCAGGUUUGGUCUACGUGGAAUUUGAUGCGUGAGAAGGGGGUGAGUCCAUCCUCUGUGACCCUUGGGUGUAUGGUGGAGGCCCUGGUGAAUUGCGGAGCAGUGGACGAUGCGGCCUCCCUGGUGCAUCAGACAGCUGCAGAUGGACUAGGGAUCAUUCUCAACACUGUCAUCUACUCCUCCAUCAUAAAGGGCUUCGCCCAAGCCAAGCAACCAGAGAAGUGUUUCGACGUGCUGGACGAGAUGGACGAGCAAGGCAUACCUGGCAACACCAUCACGUACAACACCUUGCUGGAUGCAUGUGCCAAGUGUGGCACCAUGUCCAGGGUGCCCGCGGUCUUUGAAAACAUGAGGCAACGACACGUUGAGCCAGACCGGAUCACAUACUCGACGCUGAUCAAGGGCUACUGUGUGGCAGGCGAGCUGGACUGCGCCUUUAAGCUUUUCGACGAGCUGAAAGCAGACGGCAAGCUGGACUUGGAUGAGAUUGUUUACAACUCGCUUCUGGACGGCUGUGGGCGGAAGCAGAAGCCACAGAAGGCAAUGGAAUACUUGCAGGACAUGAUCAGCGCGGGUAUUCCACCCUCCAACUACACACUGAGCAUCAUGGUGAAGCUCCUUGGCCGCUGUCGGAGACUGAACGAUGCGCUGAAGUUGGCCAGUGACUACCAGAAGGACUUCGGCUUGAAGUUGAAUGUCCAGGUCUUCACCUGCCUCAUGCAAGCAUGCCUCUUAAACAAGAAAGUGUCAAAAGCCAUGCAGAUCUACAGUGACAUGAUCAGUGAGCUGGGCCGCUUGCCGGACCGGAAAGCCCACACGGUACUGGUGGAUGGCUGCCUCCAGGCCGCGGCCUUUGCGGAGGCUACACAGGUCGCACGAAUUGCGUACGGCCUGGAAAGGCCAGAUGUUGAGGUAAGAUUCCGUUCGGACGGCAACGUCGGCGUCGAGUUCAAGACCAUGUCCGAUCUGGCUGGCAAGGUUCGCGCGGGCAAAAUGGACCACAAGACAGCCGACCUGGUUAUGGAGGUGCUGGAUGCGGCAGAUCCCGGCGGGAAGUUGCGAAGCAAAGCAAGCUCGGGGUCUGCCGACUGGGUGGAGCAGGAGCAGUCGAAGGCUGAUUCCUGGAACAAGUCGGGCAGCCGGAGCAAGACGUGGCAAGAUUCGGCAUACACUGACGCGCAGGGUUCCUGGAACGCAAAAAGUGGCAGUUCGAGACGUUCCGGCAGAGAGAAUAGUGGAUGGAACGCCGGCUGGGAAUCGUGGGACGGCGACGCUUCGCAGGCGUGGAAAGAUGAUGCAGCAACAUCUCGGGGCAAGGGCCGAUCCCGAGGCUGA